AUGUCGACUAUCACUUCAAUUUCCCAGUUGGAUCAAUAUUCUCAAGCAAUUUUGGAUCGUCUGAAACUGGAGGCUGAAAGAAGACCGAUAAGAGUGCUCCUGCUCGCCCCCAUUUGGGAUGAUCUCAUCUCCAACACCAUUGGCGAGUCAGCAGGAGAACAGUUACGGUUCCAAGUGGAGCCCGUUCUCUCAACCAUAAAAGGUCUGACACGGAAACAGCGAUGCAUAAUUUGCUUCAUUGGUGGCUGCAGAGUCAAUAUGGAACGACUCUUGGCAGCUUGUGAAUUUGAGGCGAGUGUAGACUCCAAGCACCGUCUCACAGGAAUUACGUUCGACGUGGUCAGAUACACUGGCACCCACUCAAGGGAGUCCAAGUUCAUGAACCCAUUGCAAAGACAGAAGAAAGAGGCGGAGGGAGCGGCGAGAGCAGCGAGGAAGGAGAGAGUGGAUCAGAUGAGAGAUGUGCUCGCCGCCACUUUUUUUGAUCUACUCGCAUUAACCUUUCUACUAACCCAAUAA